CAAACAUGUUUGCAGACAACGCAUGACGCAACCACACAAACCUGCACACGACAUCACCUACCUAGGACAAGUUAAAUAUCAAACUAACCGCCACUAUUCUAGCCAAUCAAAGCCGAGAAAACCCUUAAGCGCGGAAGAUUCAAGACGCGAUAACGUAUUUCCUCACGCGCUUAUUCAGUAAGCGGCAAUAUAAAUGACCCACCAAAGUGGCAUUCACGCCGACUCCUACGUAACAUCAAAGUUGGCAGAUUGCAAAAGACAUCUGUUCAGAGCAGUGAAGUUAGUAAUAAAGAAUGAAUGUUUAGUGCUGGAAGCAAAGAUACCUACCGAAAGUUCUUGGGAGAAUGAUUUUGAACAUGUGAUAAAACAGUUACUGGAAUUUGACUCCCCGUGCUAUAUAUUUUACCGCUUAGACUCUGCUAAUUCCUUCGGACAUGACUGGGUUUUUAUCAGCUGGGUUCCUGAGAGUUCCAAUGUGAGGCAGAAGAUGUUGUACGCAUCUACUAAAGCAACUGUUCGGAAGCAAUUUGGAGACAAUCUGAUUAAAGACGAUUUAACCGUGAAUUCGUUCGACGAUAUCAGCUUGAAAGCUUAUAAAAAACAUAUGGAGAGUAAGACUGCUCCUGGCCCUUUUAGCAAUGCUGAGAUUGAAAUAGCCGGCGUCCGCGCAGGGGAGGUAAGCACUGGUUUAAAUCCCAGCUACCAAACCAUUGGCGGUGUAUCAUUUGCUCUUAGUUCUGACUCUCGCCCUGUACUGAGAAAUUUUAAUUCUGGAGCUUAUGAUUAUGUUCAGCUGGCUAUUGAUAUUGAGAAUGAAAUAAUCAAAGUUUGUGAGGCCCAUGAACAUAUUACCCCACGGGCACUCGUUAAAUGUUGUCCAGAGAAGGAGGGUCGUUAUCAUCUUUAUCGUUUUCGAUAUUUACAUGAAGGUGAAGAACAUGCUGCCACUUUUUUUAUCCACACGAUAUCCGGUUAUCAGAGCUCAGUGAAAAGUCGAAUGUUGUAUUCCAGUUGCAAAGCAGCUCUCUUGACUCAAUUGGAACGGGAAUUCCAAAUAACGUUUGACCACAGAUUGGAAACCGAUGGGACAGAUGAACUAACUACAGAAUACCUAAUGGAUAUCCUUUAUCCUAAACCACCAGAAACGCAGCUUAGAUUUCAGAAACCACAAGGUCCUAUGGGCCGCCGUCCAAGAACACAUAUCCAUUGAAAGAAGUAAAGAUUGCCUUUCUUUCUUACUAAUCAACACCACGAAUUACUGUUAGUAAAUUACUUUUUAUUCAUGUAUUUCUUUAGUUAUCCAUUUUAGAAUAUUUUUUUUAGUUUUAAUACGUUUACUUUUCUAUUUGACACUUUUCUUGACUCCCGCACUUUUAUCUAUACUAGUCUGAUGAAUUCACUUUAAAUAUGUUAACAUAUUUUGAUUGAUUGUUUGUGGUACUUCACACUACAAGACGUUUAAGUGGGAAGUCUUGGUCUUGAUAAUUCUCGAUAACUUUCCUAUACUUAUGUAAACUGGCUCAGCCACAAUAUCAAUACUUUGAUGUAUUGUUGAUCUUUGUGUUGUAAUAAAAAUGAGUACGUUGUUGUUUUACUCUUUCAUCUUCCCUCUCUUUUUAUCGUAUAAUAUAGCAAAUGUUCCUAAAGUUCAUCGAUACUGUUGCUCGUACUUUCUUUACUAUUUAUGAUUAUUGGUUUGUUCAUGAAAUAGUAUUUGUGAUUUUUUUUCUAAUUCCGAGAAAAAUUUAUUUUUAUCCGCCUGUGUCUAAUUGUAAUAAUACACCUACAAUUAUUAUUCUGCAUAAAUAAUGCUUUACAUGAGAUAAUAAAAGAAGGG